UUUACUUGCUGGCAUUAAAAAAAUCAAUUUUUUGAAAGACAAUUUUAUUAGCUGAAAAAUAGUGUAAUUUUUUUAGUAAUAGGAAGUUAAACAUUUUUCAUUGGUAACGUUAACUUUAGGAAUCACAAUUAUAUAGUGUUAACCAUCGCUAAGUUAAAAGCAAAAUGGCAGAAUGUGUGAAGGUUAUUGUGAGGUGUCGACCUAUGAAUCAGAGGGAGUUAGGGCUCAACUGCCACUGUGUCAUUACCAUGGACACUCCCAAAGGGCAGUGCAGCAUCAUCAAUUCAGUAGAUUCUAAGGCACCACCAAAAAUGUUCACUUUUGAUGGGGCAUAUGGUACAGAUUCCACAACAGAACAAAUAUAUGGGGAUAUUGCAUAUCCUCUUGUAGAGGGUGUCAUUGAAGGCUACAAUGGAACAAUAUUUGCUUAUGGUCAAACCGGCUGUGGCAAAAGUUUCUCUAUGCAAGGAAUUACAGACCCACCAACACAGAAAGGCAUAAUCCCAAGAGCAUUUGCACAUAUUUUUGAAUCCAUCAGUAUAAAGCAAGGAGUCAAAUUUCUUAUACAUGCUUCAUAUCUUGAGAUUUAUAAUGAAGAGAUAAGAGACCUUCUAGGGAAAGAUGUAAAAGCUAAGCUUGAGCUCAAAGAGCAUCCUGAAAAGGGGGUUUAUGUUAAUGGUCUAUCCAUGCAUCCUGUCCACAAUGUAGCAGAGUGUGAGCGCAUCAUGAAUCGGGGUUGGCAAAACCGCAGCACAGGGGCAACUCUAAUGAAUGCUGACUCGUCUCGCAGCCACUCCAUAUUCUCUAUCAACAUGGAGAUGAUCACACAAGAUGAGGAGGGGGAGGAUCACAUUCGAGCUGGGAAACUUAAUUUAGUUGAUCUUGCUGGUAGCGAAAGACAAGGAAAAACAGGUGCCACUGGAGAUAGGCUUAAAGAAGCAACAAAAAUUAAUCUGUCUUUAUCUGCACUGGGAAAUGUUAUUUCUGCACUUGUUGAUGGCAAGUCUAAGCAUAUACCAUACAGAGACUCCAAGCUUACAAGGCUAUUGCAGGACUCACUGGGAGGUAACACUAAAACCAUGAUGGUAGCCUGCCUGUCCCCAGCUGACAACAACUACGAGGAGUCACUGUCCACUCUUCGUUAUGCCAACAGGGCCAAGAACAUCAAGAACAAGCCAAAGAUUAAUGAAGAUCCUAAGGAUGCUUUGCUAAGGCAGUACCAAGAGGAGAUUGAGAAACUUAAAGCUAUGCUGGCAGGUCAAAUACCUGUUGAAUUAGCCCCUGCUACUGCUCAAAAGGAAAGCAAGCAAGAUGCUGCCACAGUUAGAGAUGAAUUAGAGGGAGAAAAAGAGAGAAUAAAACAGGAAUAUGAAGCUAAAAUGGCUCAAAUGAAGGCAGCAUUUGAGGAAGAAAAGAGCAACAAAGUAAAGCUUCAGCAGGAUAUGGACAAACUGAGGGCUUUCUAUGAUAGCAAAAUGAAGAGUGUUGAUGGUCAGUUAGCUGGCUUGCCCUCCACAGCGCAAGUACUGGGCGAGGAAGAAUUUGAUGAGGAGGCAGAGGCAAAGAGUGGUGAAAUGAAGCAAGAGAAGAAACAGAAAAAGAAAAUUAUUGAUUCUACCACACGACCUUCAUCCACAACUAAUGAUGAGUUAUUGAUAAUUGGACCUGAUGUAUCUGAUAUAGGAAAACCAAUUAUACUUGGCCCUGAUGGGUUGCCAAGAAUUGAAAAGGUUGAAGACAAUGAAGAGGAAGUGCCAGGGGUGGGGGGCAAAGUUGUUGUUCCUGAAUCACUGUUCAAGGAGCAGCAGGAACAGCUUCAGCGCAUCAAACAGCAACAACAGCAGACAUUACAAAGACGUCAGAUUGACGAUGAAGGUAUCUCUCGACCAAACUCCUCCCCUGUGCAGGAAGUUGACAUGGAAAUGAAACAAAAGGAGGCUUUGGCCAGACUUCUGGCCUUACAGCAGCAGAUGGUUGGUGGAGAGAAUGCUGACAAUGAAAUAGUCAAGCAAGAACAUGACAGGAAAUUACAACGUGCUAAUAUCAUUAGACAAAAACUAGAUGCUGCCAACAAAAAUUUAGAAGAUGAUGGAAUUAUGCUCAGUAUAUUUGACAGUGUGCAGGAUGAGCUCAGAGUGAAAACACAAGUUCUAGAAGAAAGAAAAACCAGGAUUGAGAGCCUUGAAAGGGACAUAAUCGACAUACAAUCAGAGUUUGAGUUUGACCGCAUGGAUUACCUUGACACAAUCAGAAAACAGGACAGACAGAUUGCUUACCUGGAGGCACUAGUGGACAAAAUCCACCCUUGCCUGAGACGUGACUGCAACUAUUACAAUCUGGACAGAAUACGUAUGGAGAGCAAGUACAACGAGGAGAUGGAGAAGUGGGUUCUGCCUAAACUGUCGAUUGACCGGACUGCUCUGCCCACUACAGGGACAGUUCUACCAAAUGGAAAGAUAGAUGCUCGUAAUAGAACAAUGGGGAUGAAUGGAGACUUUGAAGAAGACUUUGAGGAUGAAAAGCUAAGAGAGAAACUGUUUCGGGCUGAGGAUCAGAGCCAUUUGUUUCAACCAAGGAGGGCCUCACAGCUUAUAAAUUCGAAUGAAUCAGUUAACAAAUUUAAUAUGCAAGAAGUACGAGGCUCAUUACGGCCAUCAGUUCCCGGUUCCAACUCAAACAUGCACAAUUUCCAAUUUGACGAGGACCCAGUGAGUAAAGAUUUACGUGCGGCACAAGUCCAUGGACAGCUCCAUAUUGACGAGAUGAUAAGAAAGCCCACCCGCCUUGAUGCACUACCUUCCGUAUCUAAUAAAAAGCCUCGUAAGAAGCGAAACGGACAAGAGUAUUAUUAAAUUUGUAAACUGUGAUAGUAGAUACCACUUGGUAGAAAUAAUACUAGAAAGAAAU